GAGAGAGAAAGAGAGAGAGAGAGAGAGAGAGAGAGAAAGCAAGAGAGAGUGUAAGAUGAGAAAAAAGCGGAACUUAUUCAGUCUUACUCUCUGUCGCAUGAGUUCAGUGUGUAUCUGCCGAGACGUAAACGGCAGCGGCAUAGUUUACUAAAACAGGAGCCUGAAUCCGAAGAAGACGAAGAAUUUUACUUUUCUGACUUACUUUUAAGAAGUUAAAACGUCGCUCAAAUUGCUUCUCUCCUGCGGAACCAGUGAAAGAUUUCAAAACUGUCUGCAAGAACAAGAGACAGACAGACAAGCACGUCAUAGGUCAGUGUAGCAUUAUGGGUCUUCCCAAACUCCCCUGCCUUCUGUGUUGCCAUAUGAUGGUAUCAAGAGGUCAGGAUCUCCCUUUGUUGUGUGGGAAUUCUUUAUUACCGGUAAUUCCACACUGAGCAGGCAGAUUUUUUUGCAGCGAGUUAGACAUGAACCAAAGCAUGGAUUCAAACGAAUCAUGUAACAAUACCACCUGCACUGCCACUCUCAUCGUGAAUGGGGAUGGUAAGCCAGUAACAAGCAUCAUCAUGUUUUUGGCUGCCGUGGUGGGAAACCUUCUGGCUCUCUUCAUCCUCGGCGUGCACCAGAAGGAGCAUCGUUCCAGGUCUUCUGUCUUCUGCAUCCUGGUGACCGGCCUGGCCCUCACCGACCUGCUGGGUACCUGCCUCCUCAGCCCACCUGUGUUCAUCUGCUACGCCCGCAACAUGUCCCUGAUCAGUCUGGGAGACGCAAGACUGUGCAAGAUCUUUGCUUUCGCCAUGAGUUUCUUUGGCUUGGCCCCCACGCUCAUCCUGUGCGCCAUGGCUGUGGAGCGCUGCCUGGCCAUCAGCCACCCUUACUUUUAUUCUGUACACAUCCGGCGCAGCUUUGCCAAAUACACUCUCUUCUUUAUUUAUGUUUUUUCUUUGGCCUUCUGCCUCCUGCCAUACAGUGGCUAUGGCAAAUUCAGACAGUACUGUCCUGGGACGUGGUGCUUCAUCGACAUGGACGCGACAGGGGAUGACCAGGCCAGCUUGGUGCUGGCCUUCUCUCUGUCCUACUCGUCCCUCAUGGCACUGCUGAUCUUCUCAGUGUUUGUGUGCAACGGUUCAGUGAUUGUCAGCCUGUGCCAGAUGCACCGGAGCCAGAGGAUGAGGCGCAGCUCGGUCGGCUCGACGGGGAGGAAAAGGAAGCUGAGCCUGGCCUGGUUCACACGGGGGGAAGAGGAGGUGGACCACCUGGUGCUGCUGGCGCUGAUCACCGUCAUCUUCGUGGUCUGCUCCCUGCCACUCACUAUUGCAGGUUUCAUCAACGCCAUUCACCCAUUUUGUGGCGACGCGGAGAACCUGACAGCCUUCCGCUUCUACGCCCUCAACCCCAUCGUGGAUCCUUGGGUCUUCAUCAUCUGCCGCAAGUCCGUGUUUCAACACCUUUGGUCUCUGCUGAACUGCCGCUUCGGCAGAAAAGCUGUGAAGACGACAGCACACUGUGCUCUGUCUUUACCCCUAGACACUCAAACUCAGAGCGACCCCAGAGACGGGAGAGUCCCACAGACCAGCAUGUUCUCCAGUUUACCUCUGUGACCCAACAGAAGCCCUUGGCUCGGAGGCCUCGAUGCCUGAUAAAACAUGGGAGCAAAUAUGUGAAAUGUAACGUUAACAUUUGCAUACAGGACUCGUCAUUUUAAGACACAAACAAAGUAUCCGUCACAAUGGAAAUAUUUCAACAUGAAGAAACUUUGGGAAAAUCUAUUGCACUAGAUUUUAAAAUUCCAUUGACUAAUGAAAGCUCUUCCCAAGUUCCAUGGAGAAUUGUCCCAUGAAUAAACAGCACUGUAACUUAGCACUAAAAAAUACAUGAAUCCAUGUCACGACUAUGAAAAAUCUGAAUAUAUGAACUCGGGUAAAAGCUAUAUGGGUAAACAAUAUGCAUGAAUGUAUACUGUCUUCUUUUUUCUCUCAGCCUUUUCUUUAAGACUACUAGGUUGUCCACAUCGACUGAUCAAUGACAUGAGAUGCAGGUCACACUUAACCUGAAGAUUACAUUACGUCAUGUCAUUACAUGUCAUUUAGCUGAUGCUUUUUAUCCAAAACGACUUACAAUUGUUGGAUAUGUCAGAGGUCGCACGGCUCUGGAGCAACUAGGGGUUAAGUGUGUUGCUCAGGGACACAUUUGUUGAUGUAUCGCAGUGGGAAUUGAACCCAGAACCCCCACACCAAAGGCAUGUGUCAUAU